CGGGUCCUGUGAAUAUUGACUGCGCUACUCUCUGGCCGUUUCUUCUAAAAGUAUGGUGUUUUCGUGCCGCUAUUGACGAAAUGGAUAUGGUAGAAAACCUUCCAGAUUUCUCUCGAGAUAGUGAUGGUGGAAGCGAAAGAGACAUGUUUGAGGUAACAAGUACUAGACUGUCUGCGUGUAAACACGAUGGUGGUGACCAACAAGAUAAAGAAAGGUAUGCGAGAGAGAGUCACUGUGAAAUAGAAAGACGCAGACGGAACAAAAUGACUGCCUAUAUAAACGAACUGUGUGAAAUGGUGCCGACCUGCAGUUCACUUGCGAGGAAGCCUGACAAACUUACUAUCUUGAGGAUGGCUGUGAGCCACAUGAAAUCUAUACGAGGAACUGGGAGUACAACAUCCGAUGGAUCAUACAAACCGUCAUUCCUUUCAGAUCAAGAACUAAAGCAUUUAGUCUUAGAAGCUGCAGAUGGAUUUCUUUUUGUUUGUCAAUGUGACACUGGAAGAAUUAUCUAUGUAUCUGACAGUGUAACAGCCGUGCUCAAUCAAACUCAGUCAGAAUGGUAUCAGCAUACUCUGUAUGAGUUAUGUCACCCGGAUGAUGCAGAGAAAAUUUGUGAACAACUAACUGGAUCCCCAUUACCGUCACAAGGUGCUAGUAUUUUAGGCCUCACAGGUCAUGCUUCGUUAUCAAAUUGUAAUUCAAUCAAUCUCCCCAAACAGCUUGCUGCAUCAGAUCUUAAAAUGUGCUCUGUCGCAUCUGAUUCUUCACCUACAUCAGUAUCUGAUUUGGUAUCUACCCAAAUAUGCGCCGCACAACGCCAUAGUUCUCCUACAAACUUGACCAAUAGUAUUUGUUCAUCUCCUGCUCCUGGACGGAUACUGGAUUUAAAAUCUGGUACAUUGAAAAAGGAAGGUCAUCAAUCCCACUUGCGAGGGAGUAUGAGCUCACGUCGUGGUUUCAUUUGUCGAAUGCGCAUAGGUUCAGCUAUCCAGUCUGUUAUUCAAUCAGAUACUGGAGUUUCAAGUUCUUUAGGAUUAACAGCUCGAUCACGUUUACGACAUCGACCGACUUUUGGAAUAUCUUCAUCAAGUAGUCAGUGUUCUUAUGCUGUUGUUCAUGUGACUGGUUUUGUGAAACCGUACAAUCCUAUAAUGGACUCCAAUUCGACUAAUGUUCAAGUUAACGCUCAAGUUACAGGAUCUCAAGCAUGUCCCUUAUUUGAUCGUCUUAUCUCUGCAGACAAUGAAUAUAAUCCUCCAAUCUCUGAUAAUAAUCACCUUGGUCGUUCCGAUACAAAUAAUUGUCCAAAUGUUCAUAUAUCUCAAUGUUUAAUAGCUUUAGGUCGUUUACAAUUAGUUAAUAAACCAGAGGUUGUUGAUCUUUAUCCUCAUCGUUUCAAUGAAUUCCUUACACGGCAUUCAUCAGAUACACUAACUACAUUUUGCGAUCAAAGAGUUCAAAAUGUUCUUGGCUUAGAAACAACUGAAGUUCUUGGACAAGCUUUUGGAAAUCUUCUUCCGUCCUCUAGAGACAAGAUUAGUUUUCAAGAAGUUUUUGAUAAAGCUUGGAAGCUCAAAGGCCAAUCAUUUACAAUCAUGGUACAUAUGCGUUCCAAAUUAUCCGCUGAAUUGGUGUUCGUUAAGUGUCGUUUGUCGGCGUUUGUGAAUCCUUACAACGAGGAGGUAGAAUAUGUAGUUUGUACGACAACUUCCAUAAAGCCUUUCGAAAGUGAGACUUCAGGUUCAAAUUCAAAUAAUACCUGUGCCGAAAACAACGCUUACAGUCAAACUAAGGCAGAUUUUUAUGAUAGGACACCUCAUGUAACUCACUCUAAUUGUUCAACAGUACAUGAUCAUAUGAAUACAGCACCAAGCAAUCGGUUAAUCCAGUCGAACCCCGAACCUUCAAAUUACAUUCAUUCAGUUAAUCAAGCAAAAGAAGCACCCUUGCCUACCUAUUGGAGACAUACGAACGAUAGUACAGAUCAUUUUGACCCAGGAUUCGCUAUACAACCAAAUACAACGGAGAUGAAUCUAUCCUCCAAUCUUGAUCAACAAUUAUACCCAUUUUCUCGUCAAGUUGAUUCAUCUUUGAACGAACCUAGUUCGUUACAUAGUUUGUCAUGCUCUAAUUCACAUUUAAUACCACAAUCAAAUCAAGAGCAUGUUAAUAUUCAACACCACACAGAUGCCGCGUCUGGUGACUAUUUAUCAUCUAUGCCGAACAAUUACACCACACUAAGAAUCGGUACAGAGUUUUCGACCAGCGAUGUCCAGGCGCUAAACAAUUUUGAUCACAAACACAAUAAUUCUCUGGAUGUUAACUGCGCUUUCCAAGCAUCUACCCUGAACACAGGUGAUUGCUUGGUUCAAACAUCUGAAAGUGGAUUAACGCGACCAUCAGCUAUAUGCUUUAUGCCAUCAGAUCCAGUAGGUGAUUGUGGUUGUGAUAUGUCGGAAAAUAUGUCAGCACAUGCCAUGUCAUAUCUGAAUAUAAAUCGACCGUUUGUUAAUCAUGACACAUACUUGCCAAGUAUUGAUAUUACCUCAGAUUCCAGGACAUAUCGGCAACCGAUCACUGAUCAUCCUACUUCUGCAUUUCAUGGGUGGUAUGAUCCUUCUACACUACCUUCCAGUUCCAUAUCUACUUCGGAGUCUUCCUCUUUACCAUCAGAUAUUUAUCGUCAACCCGUUGCAAGUAACCACACCCAGGAUGAUUUGUCCGCCAGUGAUUUUGUAUACCCUCAGCCCCAUUUAUUGCAAACCAAUAAUGGGACGAAUACCUGUAUGCAGCAAAACUCAUUGCAGCUACCUAACUAUGAUUAUUUCAAAUACCCUGUACAAUAGACUGAAAAAAAACACUAUUUGAAGUGAGUUGUAUUUUGGUCCUGGGAAUGUUGUGCAAUUAUUAUUCCACAUCUGAAUACGACUGUUGUAUAGUUUAUUUGGAGUGUAUACUUGAAUUCUCUGUAGUUUUCUUUCAUAUUGAUUCUUCUAUAUAUUCGUAAAUGCUUUUUUUAAGCAUAUCUAUUUUAAUAGUCAGUACUGUUAUUACUUUUGUUGGUCUUUUCUUUUUAUUUAAUCAGGUUAAUCGUUUCCUGGUGUCAUUGUGUACAUGUCUUUUUAAUUAUUUCAUGAGCUUAAAAUGAAUUAUGCUAUGCUUUAAAGAUUAUAUAUAUUCUUAAUUGCUCUACAAUUUAUGCAUUUUUAAAUAUCUUUUUCUUUGUUAAUUAAUAGUACUACUUUAUUUAUAAACAGAAAUAAACUGUAAACUAAUGUACACUAGUUGUCCUGAUCAUGUUACAUAAAAGCACAUUUGCAAUAUGCUGUAUAUUUUCUUGUACGUGUGCAGUUAGCGUCUAGUGAUCUUUAUUCGAAAAUAAUUGUUUAAUAUCCCACAGUAUACCAGAUAUGAUGGGACAGAUAUAGAAGAAUGAUGUAGAGCACGUCAAUAACCAUUUUAUUGAAAUAAACCUUAACAGACUGAGUAAUACAAGCACAAUGAAUUUUUCGUUAAACGUCGC